CCAAAUGGUUUUGUCAAGUUCAUAAGAUCCAUUUUCGGUUACAGAAAGACUUCGUUAACCUUAUUUGUGAUUUUGACCUAUGUUGCUGUUUUGCUUCUUGCCUACUUGGACCAUUCGCUAUACUACUCUGUAGACUUACCCACAUCUCACAAGGAACAAGAAUUGCUCCACCAGGCUUGGGUAGACCUCCAGCACAUUGCCAAAUACGAGCACGCUUAUGGUUCCAGUGGCAAUGACUACGUCCACGACUAUCUUGAGUCGCGAAUCGUUAGUGCUGUGGCACACAAAUCGUAUGUAGAGUAUGAUAACGAUUUGAACUACACCAACAACAUCAUGUUUGGCAGCCGUUCCGAAUUAAGUGGCAACCUGUUCAACUCCGUGUCAUACUAUGAGAGCAACAACUUGGUUGUUCGCAUCAACGGAACCGACGAGACCCUACCAGCGUUGCUUUUGAGUGCUCACUUUGACUCUGUUCCCUCUUCGUUCGGAGUGACAGAUGACGGAAUGGGAAUCGCUAGUCUAUUAGGAGUUUUGUACUAUUAUACCGGUAAAUCCACAGCUCGUCCUCGAAGAACCAUCGUCUUGAACUUCAACAAUGACGAAGAAUUCGGCCUCUAUGGAGCCACAUCCUUCUUGUCGCAUCCAUGGGCUACAGGUGUGCAUUACUUCCUCAACUUAGAAGGCACUGGAGCUGGUGGAAAAGCCAUUUUGUUUAGGGGAACAGACUACGGUAUAACCAAGUACUUUAAGGGAGUCAGGUACCCUUAUGGAACGUCUAUUUUCCAGCAGGGAUUCAACAACCACUUAAUUCACAGUGAAACAGACUACAAGAUUUACAAGGAAAAGGGAGGCUUGAGAGGUUUGGAUGUAGCUUUCUACAAACCAAGAGACCUUUACCACACUGCUGGUGAUAACAUCAAGAACAUCGAUAUCAAGUCGUUGUGGCACAUGCUUUCCAACGCUUUGGAUUUCACUGCCAUAGUCACAAAGGGCAAGAUUGACUUGGAUGCCGAUUCCUUGGACUCUGAAUCGAGCAAAUCCAAUACAGACACUGCUGUGUACACAUCAUUCUUGAACUUCUUCUUUGCUUUCCCUACUUCUCAAGUGGUUGUAGCAAGUAUUUUGCUUUUGGUACUCAUUCCUGGGAUCAGUAUCCCGUUCUUGAUUAUCAUAUUUGGGUAUAAAAAGAACUGGGAAUUGUCCUUCGUCAAUGUCACCAAGUUUCCCAUCUCGCUAGCUAUUUCUGCUGCACUCUUGAAUCUCUUUACCAACGGUUUUAUCGUUCCAUUCAAUCAAUUCUUGCCCAACUCGUCUCCCUUUGCCUUGGUCGCCAUUUUGUUCGCAACUUUCUUGUUGUUGAACUACUUGAUCUUGAAUGGUAUCAAUUUGAUUUUUGUUUCAUACAAAAUCGUCAACCAUGACGAAAAGUUGAUUUCCAUCAUUGAAACUUCCUUCUUGUAUUGGGUUGUUUUGAUCUACUCGACUGCUAAAUUGGCUAACAAUGUUAUCGGUGACGACCACUCAGGUGAAUUCCCUAUUAUUUUCCUCUGUGCUUUGCAAGCUGUAGCCUCCAUCUUUGGCUUGAUUGGCUGGAGUUUCAAACCCGUUCCAAAAGAACAUUAUGUCGUAGUGCCCCAAGAAGAAGCUGAGCCAUUGUUGGGUAGUAGUGACAACUUCAAUUAUGGCUCUCCUGAUGUCGAAGAUGACAGACUUGUUUCUGACGGUUCUUAUGAUUGGUCAAUUCAAUUCUUGACUAUUGUUCCAAUUUCAACUUACUUGAUUUACAACUCAGGUUUCUUGGUUGUUGAUGGAAUCAAUAAGUCUAUCCAAGAGUCGCUUAUUUCCCAGAAUUUGAUUUACAAGCUCUUGCAAACUUUUGCUAUUUCGUUGUCCAUACCCCUUUUGCCAUUCAUCUUCAAGGUUAACAGAUUGUUUGUCUUAGCUCUUUUUUUAAUUUCGACCAUUGGUGUCUUGUUCGUCGCCACGGCUGAUUCAUUCAAUGUUGCCAAUCCAUUGAAAUUGAGAUUCAUCCAGUACAUUGAUCUCGACAAGUCCGCACAAGAUAGUUUUGUUUCUGUUAUCGGACGUGAAGCUUCACCAUUGCAGUUCGUCUUGAGCGAUAUUCCUUCUGUGAAAGAUUCAAAGGGAGCAGUUGCCUGUGUUCCUACUAGAGAUGGACUUCAAGAUUGCUCAUAUAAGAGUCUGCUUGAUCCAAAACUUGUGCCAGGAGCUAAAAGCUUUGAUGACUAUUUGAAAGUUGAUAUUCUCAAGAAUUCUUCAUCAAAUGUCGAUUAUCCGUUUGGACUCUUAACUGGUGAGAUCAGGAUUAGAGUUCCAAAGAACAGAGAGUGUGUUUUGGAUUUCAAACCAAGUGAGUCAACAAAGAUAGUGUCUCCAUUUAAAGAUUCUCCAGUAAAAACUGUCAUAGUAUACAAGGGUAAGAAGUCGGCCACUACUAAAGAAGUUGAAGCUGAAAGUAUACCAGAAGGUUUCUCCAAAGACAAAGAUGGUAAUUACGUCUACAAGGAUCUUGUAGGCAUAGAUCAACUUCAGUUGAACAAGCUUGACUGGGAUAAAAGUUACCAUGUAGGUUUCCAAUGGGUGCCGAACUUUUCAGAUGUUGAUAUCAACAUGAAAAAGUCCGCUACAAACAAAUUGAAUGUCAGCGUCAAAUGCUUCUGGGCUGAAUUGGGCAAGGGUGAAGAAUCAACUAUCCCUGCCUAUGAAGAGUUGUUGCAUUAUAGUCCAAACUAUGUUAGCUGGGCCAAUAGUGCCAAGGGGUUGGUGUCGGUCUCCAAAACCGUCGAAUUAUAA